AUGUCAGCCCCAUUACCCCCAGAUAAACUUGCCAAGCUCGAGUCCGAAUACGGGAUUCUUCACCUCAUUUACUGCAGAAGUAAGAACCAGCACCGUGUGGCGGUUUGGUGGAGAUAUUUUUCAUUGGUGCAUCGAAAGGUCAGAACGAUCCUAGUCAAGUUCCAGACCAUGGAAAUCACAAGGCUGCUAAAGAAAAGAGAACUGCUACGGCAAGAGGCUAUAGAUACAGCUGCAUAUCUUUUUAAAAAGAGGGUUUUAAAGAAGGCUCUUUACGAGUUCCACGGAAUCAUUGCAUUGGGCCAGUUCAUCAACUUGGGCAUUCUACUAGUAGGAAAUGUCAGUUCUAUUUACAACAUAUUAUCAGAAAUGGAUGAAGUUAGUGACAAGCUUAGUUUGGUGGGCCCAACAAAUUUGGUGAAAUCAGUGGAAGAGGAUGAUGAUGAUAUGGGAGUGGAAGUGGAGAUGCCUCCGAUGAAGAAAAUAUCCGAGAGUGAGACAAUGGUACGAGUCACUGAGACGACUUCGAAAUUGGGAACAAUUUCAAAUACGGAUCUAGAUUCAGAACCAAUAGUGGCUCCUCCUUUCAAGGAAAAGAAAGAAGAAAAUUUUGAUAUCGACAGUAUUUUCGGAGACGAUCGCAAGAAACAUAAGAAGGCAUUGAAAGGUAAGAAAGAGAAGAAGGACAGAAAGGAAAAGAAAACGAAAAAGAAAAAGAAUGCCAUGGAUGACAUCUUCGGUUAA